GUUGUUCGGGUUUUUCUCCGGCUCGGUUUGUUUCCUUCUCUUUCUCAGCUUCCAAACAGAGGAAGAGAGGGAUUUAGUGUGGUUCUAAAGAGGGAAAGUAGGGAGAGAAAGCUCUGAAGCUACAAUGGCUGUCUCUCUGAGGUGGUUCUCGCUUUGCUCGUUGUUGGUGUUGGUGCUGUUCCUCCGCGUCAACGCCGACGAGCUUCAGAAAUUGAGGGUUGAAGAAAAGCCGGACCAGUUGCAGAGCUUGGAGAACUCCACAAUGGCGGAGAGGUUGGAUAAAAGUGAAGGGUGGAAUGAGCGGAAUGAGCACGCCGUGGAAAAUCCAGAGGAGGUUGCUUCCAUGGUUGAUAUGAGCAUCCGUAAUAGUACGGAAAGGAGGAACCUGGGUUAUUUCUCAUGUGGAACUGGAAAUCCCAUUGAUGACUGCUGGCGCUGUGACCCACAUUGGCAACUUCACCGCAAGCGCCUUGCUGACUGUGGCAUUGGCUUUGGACGCAAUGCCAUUGGUGGCCGGGAUGGACGGUACUAUGUGGUGACAGACCCUGGUGAUUACGACGCUGUCAAUCCCCGACCUGGCACUCUUCGCCAUGCUGUCAUCCAGGACAAGCCUUUAUGGAUCGUGUUCAAGCGGGACAUGGUGAUUAAACUGAAGCAAGAGCUGAUCAUGAACAGUUUCAAGACAAUUGAUGCUCGUGGAGUGAAUGUCCACAUCGCCAAUGGGGCGUGCAUCACCAUCCAGUUUAUCACCAAUGUCAUUAUCCAUGGUCUCAAUAUUCAUGAUUGCAAGCCCACUGGCAACGCCAUGGUCCGAAGCUCACCUAGCCAUUAUGGAUGGAGGACAAUGGCCGAUGGUGAUGGCAUUUCAAUUUUUGGCUCCAGCCACAUCUGGAUUGAUCACAACUCCCUCUCCAACUGCGCCGAUGGCCUUAUUGACGCUGUGAUGGGAUCCACUGCCAUUACCAUCUCCAACAACUACUUCACCCACCACAAUGAGGUGAUGCUAUUGGGUCACAGUGACUCUUACACAAGAGACAAGCAGAUGCAAGUGACCAUUGCUUACAACCAUUUCGGCGAGGGACUUAUCCAGAGAAUGCCAAGGUGUAGGCAUGGUUAUUUCCAUGUGGUAAACAACGACUAUACCCACUGGGAAAUGUAUGCUAUUGGUGGAAGUGCUGAGCCCACCAUUAACAGCCAGGGCAACAGAUAUCUUGCCCCUGCCAACCCCUUUGCUAAAGAGGUGACAAAGAGGGUGAUCACCUCUAACAGUGUGUGGAAGCACUGGAAUUGGAGAUCAGAGGGAGACCUUUUGCUAAAUGGGGCCUACUUCACUCCAUCCGGAGCUGGGGCUGCAGCCAGCUACGCCAGAGCUUCAAGCUUAGGAGCCAAGUCCUCUUCCAUGGUGGGCACCAUCACAUCCGGUGCCGGUGCUCUCUCCUGCCGCAGAGGCCGCCAAUGCUGAUUACAGCUCAAUCCCCAUUUUUAAGAAGAAAAAAUAUCCAAUUUUUUCUUUCUUUUGCCCCUUAAGUUUCCGCCAAAUCUGUUUAUCUUUGCUAUAUCUGUCAAUCCAUGUUUGACAAGUGUACAUUUUUUUUUUUUUUUACUUUACAAGGUGCCAUAACGUUGUCACACACCCAUAUGCUUAUUCCACGCCUCCCACUCCCACCACAUUGCUCAACCUCGGCCUGCUUCAAAGCUGGCGCGGAAGCGUUGUCAAUCUCUCUGUUUCCCUUCACAAGCACCCUUUACCUCCUCUAUCCAUCUCAUUCUCAUUCCUGUUGGCCUUACAUUAUUUAUUGAUGUUGCUCUCGAUUUAUAGGUGUAGGGACCAAAUGAUUCUCUUGGUUUUUUUUUUUUUUCCUUUUUAAUCCAAGUCAUACAUGCAUAGUUGAAAACUCAACUCCGGUGUUUGGAAAACUCUGUUACAGAUAUUAUUUAGCAUCAAGAUCUUCUGCUUUUUGUCC